CCACAGAGAGGCUGGGCUCUGCGGUCCUGGAUCCUGCCGGCACGCCGCCACGCUCCCGGGGGCAGAGCAGCACCAGAGACCGAGGGAAUGAUUAAAAGAGACGCUCCUCUCUCGGCCAUAUGAAUCCUCACAGCAUCAGCACCUGACAAAGCAAAGGCAGAUAGAGAGAAAGAGAGAGACGAUGGCGAUGGAGAACAACGCUGGUGCACAUUGCGGUCUGCGUCAAACCUCUGGCUCGAUCAGAAGAUGAUCCCCUCCUGGAUGCCUUUGACGGACUCUUGCCUUUGUUAUUUGCGUGUCAACUCUGAUGCAGGGACCUGCGUUAGCCUGUUUCGAGGUAAAAAGCUAACAGGGACAGUUAUGGUCGCGUCACCUCCACUAACUCAGUCAGUGUCAUUUCCAGUGUUUGUACCAUAAGGAGAAACUCGUCUGGAAAGUGGGGUUGUGGGAGAAUAUGCAGAGAUAAGAAAAAAACACACGAGAUUUGGUUGUUGCAUCGUUUGGCGAACCAAGCGCUGACCCACAGUGGGAUUACCAGGGAUUGUUUACCAACAUGAACAAGAUGUUUUUCUCCGAGACUCCGGCUGCCGCUCUGAUGGCCGCAGGUCCGGUGUGCAGCGUGUCCGGCGGGUCGGGCGCGGUGACCAGCGCGCUGCGAAACGACCUGGGCUCCAACAUCCAUGUGCUGAAAACCCUGAACCUGCGUUUCCGCUGCUUCCUCGCCAAAGUCCACGAACUGGAGAGGAGGAACAAGCUGCUGGAGAGCCAGCUUCAGCAGGCUUUGGAGAGACAGCACUACCACGGGCUGUACACCCGAGAAGUUGCUGUUCAGACAGACGGUCCCGAGUCAAGACUGCCGGGCACCAUUUGGAGUUUCACCCACGUCCGGAGGCAAGGAGAGCGCUUCGAGACCUUCCAGGGGCCCGGGGUCACCUGGACGCACCCGGAUGGAGUUGGGGUCCAGAUAGACACCAUCACCCCUGAAGUGAGAGCUCUGUACAACGUGCUGGCCAAAGUCAAGCGGGAGAGAGACGAGUAUAAGAGAAGAUGGGAGGAGGAGCUGUCCAGACGGGAGCAACUGGAGUCCAAGGUGGAGUCCCUGCAGCAGAGUGCACAAGAGUCUCUGGAGAUCCAGGAUGAGCUGAAGGAGAAGGUGGAGAGACUAAAGGCUGAACUUGUGGUCUUCAAGAGCCUGAUGAGUGAUCAAAUGUCUGACUUGGACUCCAAGAUCCAGGAGAAAGCCAUGCGGGUGGACAUGGACAUCUGCCGGCGGAUCGACAUCACCGCCAAGCUGUGUGAUGUGGCUCAGCAACGUAACUCAGAGGACAUGUCAAAGAUGUUCAACGUCAGUCCAGCGAGGUCACUCCCAGAGAGGGGUGCCAUGGCGUGCUGCAGGAGGAAAGAGCGAAAGGUGGUGUCCGACGAGGAGAAUUCUGAGAUGGAUGCUGACCCCAGCACCUCAGAGGAAGAAGUCCCCGGCUCGCUCAACAUCACCGAUGAAAUGAAACGCAUGCUCAACCAGCUACAUUGUUCAGAUAACUCCUUUGUUGCCAGGCGCGAGACAUUUGAAAUCGACGACGACUGUGACAGCCUGACAUGGGAGGAGAACGAGGAGACUCUGUUGCUCUGGGAGGAUUUCACAAACUACAACAUGCCCUGCACCGUCACCACGACAACCUGCCCCCCUGAGGGAAACGGCGAAGGCCCGGAGCCAGACUCUCAGGAUGGAAGUCUUGGCAGCCUCAUAGAUGAGACAGAGUCACUAUUUAAGACCAGAGAGCAAGAGUACCAGGAGACCAUCGGCCAGAUAGAGAUGGAGCUAGCCACAGCCAAGAGUGACAUGAACCGACAUCUGCAUGAGUACAUGGAGAUGUGCAGCAUGAAGAGAGGCCUGGACGUGCAGAUGGAGACCUGUCGGAGGAUGAUUAAAGGUGGAAGGAGCUCUCCUUCCUUCAGCUCCGUGGCCAGCAGCGACUCAGGGAACAGUGAUGAGAUUCAGGACGAGAUUUUGGACAAGGACACAGAGGCCGAAGGCCCAGUUAGUUGAUGGCUGUCCAGCCGGGCUCCAUCCCAUCUCCUCCUGGCCGUCCCUUUGUUGUCACAUGGAUAAAUGCUCAUAGAGCUCCACCCUACCAGGCAGGCGGCCCGACAUUAUUUGGGCCCGUUUUACCCACGGGAGUUCUGAUGGUAGCGCUCACUGACGCAUGCCCAGAACUGGUGCUUUUAUAUGGUCUUUGUUGUUAAGAGAGCAGGGGAGGGGGGCGCCUUCGCUUCACAAAGAAAAAGGUGGUGCAUAUAGUGUCCAAGCUGUGCUCACUUCCUCACUGCUGCCUUGCUGGUUCUUUAAACCUGUCCAGAAAUCCCCAAGGAGGAGGAGAGGGGUGGUACUACGCAUUACUCUCAAAGCUCUGAGACUGGCUGAAAAAUAUCAUCUUAUAUAUUUUUUUUCUCCCUAAGGAAUUAAGGUAAAUAUUUCCUUCUUCAUAAACAAGAAACCAACCACACACACAUUUAAUGGGAUCAAAAUACAUCCCUCUUUACAUUACAAUUUAAUGUUUAUUUUGGAUUAUAAAAAUUCAGGGUCCCUGAAAUGAUUGAAAUGAGUUCAGGUGGGGACUGAGGUGUUAUCUGCCAAAGAGACAAAACAAGAGCUAGUGAAAAUGGCGUCUGAGUGGUUUCUGGGGGAACUCUCCAGGGUUGCCAAAAAUCGACAGAGGAAAGGAGCACAGCCUUUUGAUGCAUCAGUGCACUAUUCAAGUUCUAUGCAAUUUAGCUGGCCUUAUUUUUGGACUGGCUUUCAUCCUUCCUCAUUUCUCUUUAACCCAUCCUAUUAGCCUUUCAAGCAAAGCAGGUGUUUUUGUAUGUAUGAUUUUGAGAACUACUUUUUGUGCAUUUGAGUGUAAAAUAAUCAGAGGUAUGGAACAUUUCUUUUUUUCCCGUACAUCAACAAUAAGUGCUGGAACAGAGUCCCCUCAUUAUGUGGCCAUUUUUCGUUUCUGAAAUGAUCUUCAGAGUUCAUGGCGUGUAGGAUUAAACAAAUAAGAUGAUUUACACUAUCCUAUACUCAGAACUAUCUUAAUACUGCAACAGGCAGUGCAUAGUCUCCUUCAUUCACCCUGUUAUUUACACUUACACCUCAAAAGUGAGCAGGUUUUCAUACAUAAUUUCAAAUGGAUGAACAAUGUCUGUGCUCUCAAAGCCACACAAUUUUUCUCAAACGUCUUAGACAAAACCAAAGGACAUAUUUUAGAAAUGUUUCGCUUUUACAUUGUCCUCACACAUGAACAUCUUAAUCAGGUGACACAAUGUGUGUAUCUAUAAGAUAAUUACAGCCACUGUUGUCAAAUGUUCCAGAUGUUAAACUUGACAGCUGUUGUUUCAUGUUUGGAGAAUCAGUUUUCUUUGUUUCCGUUUGUUCUCAUGACUUUUCAUUUGAAGAUGUUUCCCUCCUGUCCUACAGGGGACGCUGUUCCAGACAGGUUACAUGUCCCGCUUUGUCUCUUCUGAAUAGAGGCUAGAAUCGUCUGACUGUAUAUAGAGGGCUGUAGGCAUGUGAUCGUAUACCCCAGAGGCCUUUCUGUUCAUAAUACCCGAUGUGCAAUGGAUUGUGUUGCCUCACAUUUCGCUCUUCACUGCUUUCAUUGGAUCAGCUUAGAAACUGAUCACCGCAUGGGGGUGGAAGUGAUCUUUUCAUCAUGGAUUCAUUUGAAUUAUAAUAAUGUUUGGUUUGCUGGAUCAAAGACAAGUGCUACUUCAAUCUUGAAGUCUUAAAGAUGCAGAAUGUUAUAAUACACAUUUAUAAUUUUAGCAUGUUUCCUGGGAGUAAAAGAGCAAUGGGUUUUUGUUUUUUUUUAUAACUUGUUAUAUUUUGAACAAUCUAGCUGCAUUGCAGAGAGCGCGCUACUUUUUUAAAAUCAAAACAGUGUCCAUACAUUAAUCGCAUUUCAUUGUCAUAAAAUGUAUUUUUCACGGGUUUUUAAUCCCUCUAUUUUAUCCAAAAGAGUAUGUUAAUGUCUUCAUUUUAUUUUGUUUUCACUUAUUUUGCUGGAAUAUGAAACGUGUUCCUAAUGCUUUAGUUAUUUAUCAACCAUAUCAGAUCAACAAUAGUAAAAAAACAAAACAAAAAAACAAACAAAAAAAAAACACUUAUUAGACAAGAGUGAGGGACAGCCUUAUUCCCAGAGAACCUUCAUACCCUUACCUUUGUGUCGAUGUAAAACCAGCCUGACAAGUAGCAAAGAGCCAUGCUUAUAUUGGUACUGUACUUUGUAAAGAUUGUCAAGUCCUACAUCAUACACCCUCGUCCAUUGACUGUAUGGCUGUAACCUUCAGAAACAGGAGACCUUUCACUCGUCUUCUCUGAGAUUGUAACCCACACCACUCUGCCCAUCUGAACCACACACUAACCAGCCAACCAAAGCAAACGUGUACAGUAACGUAUGACGACGUAACACGAGCUAUGAUUUCUACUAACGUUAGCCAGUUGUGUACUAGUCUUGAGUUCAGUGUUUCUACAUGCCUGUCGCGCAUGUAUUAGGUUGCAGAGACCUCCUCUGAUCGGGGAAUGUAUUGUUUUUCAAAAUCAGUAACUCCGGCAAACUACAGGACACUAAGUGUAUUAUCGCCACUCCUUAAUCUUUAAAAAUCAAACCAGAAUCCAGUGACAUCCUGUUGGGAAACCUGUAAAAACCCUCCUUGCUGAAUGUAUGUGUGUGAUUGGAGGCAUUCUCUCGAGACCUUACAAGUAGAAACCGUGCAAAAAAAAGUGUUUGUGGAAAUCCAGGGAUACAUGGUGUGCUGUUAAUCUCUUGGAGACCUUGGUAUAUUUUGUUUUCCCAAAUGGGCUUACAUGACCAACCUAUGCGACCUACAUGUACGACCCUGAUGGUGAAUGUGAAUGUUUCAUACUAAAAAGGGUUUUAUAUGAGUGGUUUUUAUCAAUGUAGUGCCAGGAUUAUAUGGUUGCGGUUGCUGUUGUCUCAUAUACAAUGUUACAUGUUAAUCAGCAUACCUGUCUGCUGUUGCUGCUUUAGAUUUCAUAAACAUCACCGGGAGGAAAAAAAAAAAAAAAAGUGCAGCAAUACUUGUGGCCAUAUUUGGGCAAAAUCAACUGACCCACCAUCGGAUUCUGAUUUUUGUGUUUGAUUUGCAUCACAGGUGCCAUCCUGCUGACUCCGUCUCAAGUUGUUUAUUUGCCUGCUUUUACUUCAGUGCAUAUCUCUCUCAGAUUUGUGGAAUUCAGUUUUUAUUUGUUUAAAAUAUUGAUACAUUGUAUUCAUGUGGGUCUGGGGUAGGUUGUUUCAAAAUAACGAAUGUACAAAAUUGAUAUUCGGGUAAAAUGAAAUAAAAUGGUGGAUUGAAUAAA